UGAUUUCAGUUUAGUAUUCUGAGUGUUCGGUUUGGCUAGAGUUGGAUUAAUGUAAUAAAAAGGAGAAAAAUAAAAAGUUAUACCAUAGUUUGAAGAAGAAUAUAAAAAUUUUACAAUAAAAAAAACUUGUGUCAAGUCCUAUAUGACUGAUCUUGGGAUGGAGACAGACAGACAAGAACGGUGCGUUAGAUUCACUGCUGCUUUUUAUAUACAGCAUAUUUUUUUUAAAAGUAAUAAUUAAUUUUGAUGGUAUGGGAAACAGAAGAGCUAUUGCUUUUGGAUAAUCGAUGACUCGCAAGUCUCACCGACGUGCCGACUCCUUUCUUUAUUUGUCUCAUUCGAAGUUUGGGCCUCUGUUGGAUCCUUAUGAGGCCUACCAUUUUUUACCAUUUGUUUAUCGGUCUCUCUGACCCAUGAGAUUCAUUUAUCCAAAAUUCAAGAAACGUUCAUGGUCAACGUCACUUUCAAAUCUUCUUAGGGUCUUGUUCAAACGCAUCGAUUAUAGUUACGUACGGUUAAGAAAGUUUACGGAUGCGAAUGAUUACAAUUUUUAAUAGAUUUAAGAGAUUUAUACCACUGAUAUUACGGUUAAUUACCAAAUACAACAGCGGUUAGAAUAUAUAAAUUUUUUUAUUUUAAAAUUUUAUAAUUUUAAUUAAAAUAUAAUAGAUAUAUUUUAGCAUUUUAUAAUUCUAAUUUUAAAGUUUUAUUGAAUAUUUUAAUUUUUAUAUUUAUAUUGUUUAUAAAAAAUCGAUUAUCUUUCCGCAACCAUAAACACUAGUUGUAACUAACUUUUGAAUUUAAGAGGUUUAAAGCCGUUUGAAGUGGUUCACGACGGUUUGAGUGAUUGUUGCAAAACGCCAACAACCGGUACUAACCGCAAAAACUGCGUUUGCGGAUGACAGCGGAAAAACCAGUCAUGUCCUCAGACGUUUGGUAAGUUGUACUUGCUACCGAGUAUUUCGUAAUCGAUCAACCGUGUAUGUGUAAACAAACUAUAUGAAAGGCUUAACCAGUAACUUUGCAGUGGGGAAAAUAAGCGAGAAUAUUAAUUUUGGGUGAAGAGUGUAAUAAGGAAAACAAACAAGGGGACAAAAAUAUUUAACAAUUCGAAAUCGUUGGAUUGCUUCGGGGAAGAGAAGAAGCGAAGAACCUGAUUCGAUUUUUUUAAAAAAAUAACUCUGCUGGGCACACUCUUCCGUUAUUACUUCUACAGUCCUUAUUCUAAUCAAACCUGGUGGGUGAGCUUGAAAUUGCUUUAUUUUUCAAUCUUCCAACUUGAUUAAAAUCUCCGUCUUGAGAAUCGAUUCGACCUAUACUGCUAAGUGUUGUUAUCUGAUGGCUAGUAAUAAGCAGAGACCGGCCAAGCUCUCCGUCUACCUUUACAUUCCCAAUAUCGUUGGGUACAUGAGAGUUGUAUUGAAUUGCAUUGCCUUUGCUGUGUGCUUCUCCAACAAGACUCUCUUCUCCCUCUUGUACUUUUUCAGUUUCUGUUGUGAUGCUGUUGAUGGAUGGUGCGCUCGUAAAUUCAACCAAGUUUCUACAUUUGGAGCUGUUCUUGACAUGGUCACAGACAGAGUCAGCACAGCGUGUCUUCUCGUGAUUCUCUCCCAAAUAUACAGGCCUAGCUUGGUUUUCCUCUCACUCCUGGCCUUAGAUAUUGCUAGUCACUGGCUCCAAAUGUACAGUACAUUUCUAUCAGGGAAGACCAGCCAUAAGGAUGUGAAAGAUAGCACGAGCUGGCUGUUUAGACUAUACUAUGGUAACCGUUUGUUCAUGGGUUAUUGCUGUGUUUCCUGCGAGGUUCUUUACAUAAUCCUCUUUCUCAUAGCAGAGAACCAUACUGAAAAUCUGAUGAACGUAGUAGUUGAAUCAUUGACACAGUUUUCACCGCUCUCUUUACUCUUGGCUUUGAGUAUAUUUGGUUGGUCGAUCAAGCAGAUCAUCAAUGUGAUUCAGAUGAAAACGGCUGCAGAUGUUUGUGUCUUGUAUGACAUAGAGAAGCAGCAUAAGCCCUGAGGUUUUGUGCUCUUUGAAUCGUCUUUGUUUCUUUUAACCUCGUGUGUAUUACACUGUGUACAUAUAUGGAUGCAUCUUGCUUAAUGGUGGAUGUAGAUUAUACCCUUUGUCUUGCCUUUGUUUUCUAUAAUAUGAAAGACCCUUUUAACUA